GGAGGGGAUCAGAGAGGAGGGGAAUACAGAAGAGGGGAAAUUAGAGAUUGGAUGUGAAUAUAUAGAGGGAGGAUAUAGAGAGAGGAGGGGAGGAGAAGUAGGUCUGUUCAUUCACUUUGUUGCUGCACUGAGAUUACCAGGGAUUGUGUGGAUUAUCGGCUUCUUUUCCCCAGAACCCUUCGUAGCAGAAUCAUGUUGUCACCAGGGCUGGAAAUUCUGAAACAUUACCUGGAAUAUGAGGAGAUGGCUGUUUUCUGCUGAAGACACCUGCUUCAAACAGUCAGGUGGAGGUGAAAGGAACAAUCUGACAAGGUGUCUGUCUUCAUGUUCAACUUCAGCAUGAGGCCCGAUAAAGAGGCAGACAACGACGGACACAUACCAGGUGCUUCUGAGGACGGUGAGACAACAGGUCUGACCAAGUUGCUGUCCAUUGUGGCAGAGGAGGUGAGGUUGGCGAUCCACAGGGACAUCGCUGGGGCUGAUCGCCUCCACCACCUCCUCACGGCCCCCUGGUUACUUUCCCUACUAAAGGUGUAUGAGUCCCUCCUGGAGAUCAGAAGGCUCCCCCCAAGCCCCCACACACCUCAGGCCUUUGGUGUCACCAGCGAGAUCCUGUUGGACAUCAGGGCCAUCCCAGCCCCAUUGCCAGAGUCCAGAGAGCUCUACAGGCUCCUGAAGUCUCCACACCUACAGGCCCUCCUAUCAGCCCACGACUCUGUGGCCCAGACGGAAUAUGAGCCGCUUCUCCCUCCGCUUUCUGAGAACCUACCAGAGGACGAGGAGAUCAUGAGGAGUGUCUGUCUGGGCAAGAACAAACAGCUGAAUGGGGGUGGAGGUUCCACAGGAAGGUUUUUCAGGAGUCGUUGGAACAGCCUGCGUCGCCUGACCCUGGAGAAGUUGGUCCCUUGGAGGAGGGCUUGGUCAGAGGAAAGGCUUGCUACGCCUGUUAGGGCAAUGGACUGCGAUGCAUCUGCUGGGCUGCUGUGCCCACCCCGGCGUGGUCAAUCCAGGCCCCUCCCACUCUACCAGUCCACUGGGUCUCAGCCCCGCCCACUCUACCAGUCCACUGGGUCUCGGCCCCGCCCACUCUACCAGUCCACUGGGUCUCGGCCCCUCCCACUCUACCAGUCCACUGGGUCUGGGCCCCUCCCUCUCUACCAGUCCACUGGGUCUCGGCCCCUCCCUCUCUACCAGUCCACUGGGUCUCGGCCCCUCCCACACUACCAGUCCACUGGGUCACGGCCACUCCCACUCUAUGGAUCUACUGGCAGCGGCAGCCCAUGUUGUCAGUCAAGUAACCUUUGGGAAAGAAGGCUGAACCAAUCUGCUCCUUCUGUGUGUAGCCCUGUAUGCACUGCUGAUAUCUCACCAAAGUACCAACAAGGACUAUGCAGAGAUGACAACAGGAAGUACAUUUUAGGAAUGGGGAACUACCCUUCCGCCCACUGGAGGGAACCGCUCCCAACCUUCAGCCUCACCACCCCCAAUUCCCCUGUUUGUCAUUUGCCAAAGACCCCAACCCCUGAUGUCAGCUGCGGCCUCCGGGCCCAGACAGCUCCCUCCAGCCCAAUGGCCCCGUGCCGACAGAGGCCAAGCUCCCAGAGCGGACCGACCCAGGGCCCCUCUCUGGAUCAGACCGAGCAGCAAAGCCUGGAAGAGCUGAGGAGCCCUGUCCCUGUGGUGGCCAGUGGUUUAGACAACAGUCAAAGUGACAUGCAUGACCUCGGCCAGAAAAUGGUGGCAGCAACAGAGCUGAUUUCGGAGAGCGUGGAGGAGAAUGCCCUGGCUCUCAAUUUGUUAUCCGAAGUCGUUGAUAAACUGCAAGGACUCAUAAUUGCCGCCCAGUCCCCCAAGACGCCUUCAUUUCCAUCUCCUCCACCUCCACCUCCAAAAACUCUUCUACAAGGCAACAUUUUCCCAUCUCCUCCUCCUAGCUGUUUUUUCUCCUCAUCCUGCUCCUCCUCUUCCUCCUCAUUGUCUUCCUCCUCUCUCUCUGCAUCUCUCAAUGGCCACAAGACGUCCUCGGCCGUGGGUCAGAAUGGCAGCUGUAAAAGCAGGAAGUCGUUCUCUGCCCUGGGACAAAAUGGCAGCUGUUGUAGGCCGGGGACAAUAAAUGGUUCUCCUCAGAGACCUGCUGGUAGAAAGGCUCAGUCUUAUCACUCCAAGGGGUUCUCCAGGUCAGGUUCAAGACCAAAGAAAUCCCUGAGAUCAGAGGAGGACCAGUAUAGCACAAGAUACCUUUUGAGUAAAAAGAAGACAAAGAAGACAAAGUAGAAGAAAAUAUAGAAGCAGAAGA